UUCUCAGGUCCCAGAGAUUUAAAUUCUUGUGAAAGGUGUCAACAAAACUGAUAUCAAUCUAGGUUCUAAAGGGUUAACCUGUUAGGCGCUGCUGCCCCUUUUCGGCACCUCAAAUCCAAAGUCUGUCCCUGUCACUCUGCUGUCCUAAAGCUCUAACUUUCUCCACUUUGUUGGAACUUUCAAGACAUUGAAAUAUUUUUGUUGCAAAAAUGUCCACAGUCGGAAAGGUCAUCAAAUGCAGGGCAGCGGUGGCCUGGGAGCCCAACAAGCCUUUGGUGAUGGAGGAGAUAGAAGUAGCUCUGCCUCGAGCCAACGAGGUCCGCAUCAAGAUUGUAGCAACCACAGUGUGUCACACAGACCUGUAUCAUCUGUUCGAGAGUAUGCCAAAAGAUGGCUUCCCAACAAUACUUGGCCAUGAGGGAGCCGGCAUUGUGGAAAGUGUUGGGCCCGGAGUCACUGAAUUUCAGCCAGGAGACAAGGUCAUUCCUCUGUUCAUCUGGCAGUGUAGAGAAUGCCGCUUCUGUAAGAGUUCCAAAACCAACGAGUGUGUGAAAGGAUGGGCUGUUGAUCUCCCUGAUGUGAUGGCAGCCCCAAAGCCCAGGUUUGUCUGUAAGGGGAGGAAGCUUGUGCCGUUUAUGGGAACCAGUACCUUCUCUGAGUACACUGUGGUUAACCAGAUGGCUGUGGCUAAGAUCGACCCCACCGCCCCUCUGGACAAAGUCUGUCUCCUUGGCUGUGGGAUCUGCUCAGGAUAUGGAGCAGCAGUUAACACUGCUAAGGUGGAACCGGGCUCCACAUGUGCUGUGUUCGGCCUGGGAGCUGUGGGUUUGGCUGCAGUCAUGGGCUGCAAAGCUGCAGGAGCCAAAAGGAUUAUUGCUGUUGACAUCAAUCCAGAGAAGGCUGAGAAGGCCAAGGUGUUCGGCGCAACAGACUUCGUGAACCCCAAGGAUCACAAUAAACCAAUCAGUGAAGUGCUGUCUGAGAUGACUGACGGAGGAGUGGACUACUCCCUGGAAUGUGUUGGGAAUGUGGGAGUCAUGCGCAGUGCCUUGGAGUCUUGUGUGAAAGGUUGGGGUGUUGGUGUGAUUGUUGGCUGGACAAACAUAAACGAUGUUUCUGUUCGACCAGUUCAGCUCAUCACUGGACGCACUUGGAAGGGCUCCUCAUUUGGAGGAUUUAAGAGUAAAGAUGGUGUGCAACAGAUGGUUAAAAACUACCUGGAUAAGAAGGUGAAGGUGGAUGAAUUUAUCACUCACAAGAUGCCUUUGGCCCAAGUCAAUGAUGCCAUUGAACUGAUGAAGCAUUACAAAUGCAUCCGGACAGUCCUGAGUGUUUCUCCACAAUAAGAACAUCGUGUCUGCAACUAUAUUCGAACAAAGCUCAACACAAUAUUCAAGCUCUUAACAAAGAGAUCUAUCAAAAUUUAGACUGUAUACGUGCCUGAUCUUGAGCACUAUUCAGUUUGCAGAUUGUAAGAAUCUUGUGUUGGCAUUUGACAGAUGGGAUCUGUGGCUUCCCUGUGUGUGUCCUAGUGUUGUUUGUGUUGUUGUUAGAGUUUUAGUUCAGAUAGCUAAGAUUAUCACAUUUAAAUUAAUGUUUGCUUAACUUGGCAGGCAGUGUUUAAGUCAUUAUUACAAGGUACAAGAUAGAUUUAUUGUCAUUUUUCUCAAAAGUGGUUUAUGAAGAACUGAAAUUAAAGUUGAUCCUAAAUCCUGCUUGAAUUCUGAUCAAAGUCCCAUUGUCAUCAAAUUGCAUUUGUUUUGUCUGCUACAGCAUAUAUAACAACUCUAUAUUUGUCCCGUGUCCUCUGGAGACAUUACUUCAGUAUAACCAAUAAAAUCUUGCGUAAAGCAGUAACUCAACCUAAGGUAGUCCAGACAGCAGCCUGCUACACAACACACACUUUGAACAACUCAGCUAAUAAUUUAAAGCAUGUAAUUAUCUGCUUCAAUAAAAAAUAUUUA